GCCAUGGGGAGCCCCCGCGCUGCGCUGCUGAUGCUGCUCCUGCGCCCCAUCAAGCUGCUGAGGAGGCGCUUCCGGCUGCUGCUGCUGCUCGCGGUGGUAUCAGUGGGACUCUGGACUCUGUAUCUGGAGCUAGUGGCGUCAGCCCAGGCUGGCGGGAACCCCCUGAAUCGCAGAUACGGCAGCUGGAGAGAACUGGCCAAGGCCCUGGCCAACAGGAACAUCCCCGCCGUUGAUCCCAAUCUCCAAUUCUAUCAUCCCCAGAGGCUGAGCCUCAAGGACCAAGAAAUUUCCGGAAGUAGGAGUAGGAACAGUAGCUACCUGAAGUGGAACAAGCCCGUCCCAUGGCUUUCAGAGUUCCGGGGCCAUGCCAACCUGCAUGUGUUUGAAGACUGGUGCGGCAGCUCCAUCCAACAGCUCAGGAGGAACCUGCACUUCCCACUGUACCCCCAUAUCCGCACAACCCUGAGGAAGCUGGCUGUGUCCCCCAAGUGGACCAACUAUGGUCUCCGCAUAUUUGGCUACCUGCACCCUUUUACCGAUGGGAAGAUCCAGUUUGCCAUCGCUGCCGAUGACAAUGCCGAAUUCUGGCUGAGUCGUGAUGACCAGGUCUCGGGCCUUCAGCUGCUGGCCAGUGUGGGCAAGACAGGAAAGGAAUGGACAGCCCCCGGCGAGUUUGGGAAAUUUCAGAGUCAAAUUUCCAAGCCAGUGAGCUUGUCGGCCUCCCUCAGGUACUACUUUGAGGUUCUGCACAAGCAGAAUGGUGAGGGCACCGACCACGUGGAGGUCGCGUGGAGACGGAAUGACCCUGGAGCCAAGUUCACCAUCAUUGACUCCCCUGCCUUGUCCCUCUUCACAAAUGAGACCAUCCUCAGGAUGGAUGAGGUGGGCCACAUCCCACAGACAGCAGCCAGCCAUGUAAGCUCCUCCAACACUCUUCCCAGGGAUGAGCAGCCCCCAGCUGACAUGCUGCGGCCUGACCCUCGGGACACCCUCUAUCGAGUGCCGCUCAUCCCCAAGUCCCAUCUGCGCCAUGUCCUGCCUGAUUGUCCCUACAAACCCAGCUACCUGGUGGAUGGGCUCCCGCUACAGCGCUAUCAGGGCCUCCGCUUUGUUCAUCUGUCCUUUGUUUAUCCCAACGACUACACCCGUCUGAGCCACAUGGAGACCCAUAAUAAGUGCUUCUACCAUGAAAGUGCCUAUGACCAGGACAGGUCCAGCUUCCAGGAGUAUAUCAAGAUGGACAAGCCAGAGAAGCAGGGCCUGGAGCAGCCAGGUUUUGAGGAUGGCCUUCUGGAAGAACCCCAGUAUGAAGAAGCAGAGGACAUCCCUGCCUCCCAAGACCAGGAUCCUGGGACACAAGGGAGAAAACAAAGGACUACUUCCACCCCAGGGCUGGGUGUCACUGACUACCACCUCCGGAAGCUCUUGGCUCACCCACAGAGUGGCCCGUUGGCCCCUUUUUCCAGGCGGAACUCGACACCUCCCUUUCCAACAAGGACUAGUGGCAGCCCAGGCCAGCAGCCAGAGAAAAGGAAGGGGAAAAGUAGCCCUGUGCCCAGCCACGAUUUGUCUCAUUCUGACAAGGGGACCCUGAGGAACCUGCCUCUCGUUCAGAGAGCCAGACCCACUGGGGACAGUCCCGGGAAGACGCUUGAGCAGGCCCAGUGGCUGAAUCAAGUGGAGUCCUACAUUGCUGAGCAGAGAAGGGGUGACCGGAUGCAGCCCCAGGCUCCCAGCAGGGGCUGGCAUGGGGAGGAGGACGUGGUGGUAGCAGCAGGCCAGGAAAGAGAAGUGGAGGAAGAGGAAGAGGUGGAAGAAGAGGAAGAAGAUAUGAGUGAGGUGUUCGAAUACGUACCUGUGUUUGACCCGGUGGUGAACUGGGGCCAGACCUUCAGUGCUCAGAACCUUGACUUCCAAGCCCUGAGGACUGACUGGAUUGAUCUGAGCUGUAACACAUCUGGCAACCUGCUGCUUCCGGAGCAGGAGGCCCUGGAAGUCACACGGGUCUUCCUGAGAAAGCUCAGCCAGAGGACCCGGGGGAGAUACCAGCUGCAGCGCAUCAUCAAUGUGGAAAAGCGCCAGGACCGGCUGCGUGGCGGGCGCUACCUCCUGGAGCUUGAACUGCUGGAAGGCCAGCGCCUGGUGCGCCUCUCAGAGUACGUGUCCACUCGAGGCUGGCGGGGAAGUGACAGCAUUGGUGGGGAGGACACGGAAGCCCGGAACCUGCAGGGCCUGGUCUGGAGCCCACGCCGCCGCCGCAGGCACGUGCUGAAUGUCCAGGAUCCAGAGCCAAAGCUGUGCUGGCCCCAAGGUUUCUCCUGGAACCAUCGAGCUGUGGUCCACUUUAUUGUGCCUGUGAAGAACCAGGCUCGCUGGGUGCAGCAGUUCAUCAGAGAUAUGGAGAGCCUGUCCCAAGUCAGUGGCGACCCACAUUUCAACGUCAUUAUCACAGACUAUAGCAGUGAGGACAUGGAUGUGGAGAGGGCGCUGAAGAGGUCCAGGCUGCGGAGCUACCAGUACCUGAAGCUGACUGGAAACUUUGAGCGCUCCGCUGGACUCCAGGCUGGCAUCGACCUGGUGAAGGAUCCACACAGCAUCAUCUUCCUCUGUGACUUGCACAUCCACUUUCCAGCAGGAAUCAUCGAUACCAUCCGGAAGCACUGUGUAGAGGGCAAGAUGGCCUUUGCCCCCAUGGUGAUGCGGCUGCACUGUGGGGCCACCCCACAGUGGCCUGAAGGCUACUGGGAGGUCAAUGGAUUUGGACUGCUUGGCAUCUACAAGUCAGACCUGGACAAGAUCGGGGGCAUGAACACCAAGGAGUUCCGAGACCGCUGGGGAGGCGAGGACUGGGAGCUUCUGGACAGGAUCCUCCAAGCGGGCCUGGAAGUGGAUCGGCUCUCCCUCAGGAACUUCUUUCACCACUUCCAUUCCAAGCGCGGCAUGUGGAACCGCCGCCAAAUGAAGAUGCCGUGACCCCCAGGGACAGCUGCUUCCAGCUCCUUGACUUGCAGUUGACCUCGAGGAGGGAAUUACGAGGAACAGAAGCCUCAGCGCUAACUGCCUUCUCCACCAGGAGCCGUCCCUUCGUGCAGGGACGAGUGCCGAGGCCCCUCUGCCACUCACCGAGUUGACAGAUGCACAGGAUGGGCAAUGAGGUCAAGAAGAAAACACCUGCUUGAGUACAAUACCAUCGUGUCCACAAAGGUGCAUUCCGAGGCCCCGGCGCUCCUCAUGGGGAGUACUGACCAUGAACCAGAAACUUCAAUGGGACAGAUUUUAUUUGGGGUGGAGGUGUGGGGGGGGAUAAUUUUUAACAGAGUAUGAAGACUUUUGUCUAGACCCAGCGCUGACUGGGAGUGAAGCUGUGCAUAGCCGACCUCAGACCCACUGAGAUGCUGGUCCCAUGCGGAAUACCUCAGCUCCAGGCUCAGUCUGUGCCUUCCAAACAACACACACGUUUCUCCUGGUAGCCACUGAACAGCUGGCCACCAGCUGGGGUAUUAGCCCAACUCCUACAGAUGGAGAGUUCUUUAGUGGAAGGCCAACUUGGGCGGCAUCUUCCUUCUGUGACAGGCUGCAGGGUGAGAAUGAGUGGGCAUGGGCCCAUCCUCCCGAGUGUCCGACACGUGGGCUGUGUGGAACCAGGGAGGUCGUGCAGGCCGAGAAAUGCCCCUCCUCCUUUAUCUCAUCUGCCAGGGAAGACCUGGAGAUGAUAGGGAGGUGCCACCAAAGGUGGCAUGGAUAGAUAGGCCCUCACCUGCUUCCUUACGUGAGAAUUUGAGGAGGGACUCAAGCAGGGGGAGACAAAAAAGGGAAGAAGACGUAUACUGUAAGCUUAGCACUCCUGUGGCCUUGCCUUCCUGCGGAGAGAGCCCCAGCCUCCUGGCCCUGAGGAGAUGAGGAGGUGAAACCCGGCCAUCUGAUAAGGGGCAGGGUGACAUGGGAGGGGGUCAAGGCAGGAAGAACUGAAAGAUGGUGAGUCUCGGGGGACAAUAGCCGUAACCUUUUCCGUCUUUGGCUACCCCUUCUGUCCCCUGACGUCACAUACUUAUCUUGCACUAAUAGUCCCGUUGCUCCGUGGCUGGGACUUUCUACUGUUGCUGCUGCUGCUCAUUCGCCAGUGGUGCGUUGGAUGCUCGGGUAUUAAACCCAGUCUGUGAAGACGGCUCAGCGCAGCGAGCGCCCUUGCUGCCUCAAGAAAGGGCUGCACUCCGCAGAGCCGGCCUACCAUGCUGUGAACGAAAGCGCAGGCGCGGCAUUUGGAGCUGCAGGACCCACGUGGUGGGCUCUGUGGGUGCCAAGAACAACCGGUUUGGCACGUGCAAAGUGGGGCCGCCUGGAAACCCCCCCACCGGGCCUUGGCUCUUUCUCGGCCCGCUCUGGCCUUCUGCCCUUUAGAAAGGCACAUAGGAAGCAGGCUAGGGCUGCAGUUGGAGAGCUGGAGGGCCAGGCUUCUUUCUACAGCCGUAGAUUCUUGGCAUUGUGCUGGAAGGCCAGAGCCAGUCCCAGCCGCCCUCCUGCUCUGUUUCUGAGGACUGGACGCCCCCUGGGCCUUCCCCCCCACCCCUGCGCAUCACCUCCCUCCCAGGUCUAGUGCCUUGUGUUUGAUGUCUGUUACCUCCUUACCAUCUGCCUUAAGGGAGAGGAGAAUGCUGUGGGGAGGGGGAAGGAAGAGGGCCUAAACUCAGCCUCGUAGGAAACAAAGGCUGUUUUCCUGUUGCCCAAGAGCCAGGGGACGACACUGGACACUUGCGUCCCUCAGCUGUCUGCCCCAUGACAGGCUAAGGACUGCCCGUGGCCUUCCGCCUUGGUGCUUGCCGGCAGAAAGGACAAGCUUCCUGUGUGGCAGUGUGCUUGGGAGGGACACCGCACUGUCCUGACUCUGUCACGGUCUCAGCAGCCCAGGGGAGUGGAGGUCGCAGCCUCAGCUAGAGAGGCUUCUCCCUGCCUGAAGAAGGCUGGCUGGGGCCGUGCAGCUGUAGUCCCAGCACUCGGGACGUUGAGACACGAAGAUCAGGCGUGCAGGGCCAGCCUAGGCUACUUAACAAGACGCUGUCAAAAUUAAAUAAAUACGAGAAAAAUC